AUGGCGAAUUCAACCUCAGCGCCAGAAUCAACCACCACCGCACCGCCGGAUUCGCGCCUUGUCGCGGAACGACUGGAUUUCUGGGCGCGACAAGUGAUUGGGGAGGUCACAACGUGUGGAUAUUUCAAUGGAGACACCGACCUGGGCUAUACAGCUUCUCCGCUCACUUGCGGACUGGAAUCUUCCUGUUUGUCUGAUACGUCACGAAAUAUUCACUAUUGCGGUAUCCCUGUCCUUGCGGUUCCACCUACCGCCUGUUUGGACUCUACAGCGUAUGUCACGGCAUGUGGCAGAAACUGUCAAGGGGAUCUGUCGACAAAAAAAUGCACAGAGGGCGAAAACACGUACUGCGCAACCAUGUACUGGAAUUCCCCCUUUGGAACAAAUUCUCCCAUGUCGGAAUUCAACUGCACCACUGCCGUCAUGACUUUGACCGUGACAUCCGCAGUCGAUGUCUCUGUCGCCCUUUCUACCGCUGCGUCUAUAGCACCCUCGACUAGCAAUGGUGCCUCGAUAACAUCACAUACUUCUGCACCGGCGUCUCCUACCGAAAGCGCAAGCUCGUCUUCUUCCUCAGGACUGAGUCAUAACGAUAUUAUAUACAUUGUGGUUGCGAUCGUCGGCUUUGCAAUAGUGGUAGGGGUUAUUUUUGGAGCAAUAAGGAGAUGGAGAAAGCCAGUACAAACGCAGCAUCCUGGAUUUGGUAAUGAAUACCGAUACCCCCUGGAUACUAGAACUCAUACCUCGGAAAGUACUUGGCCAACAUCAUACACUCCUACGACAGUAUCGACGUUUCCUGGAUCAAGAAGUGAGAUUUUACCGGAUGACUCUGUCAGCCAGGUUCAUAUUCCAGCGGCACGUCUAACAACAUACACACAGCUGUAUUCUCACGCGCCUACCGGCUCUGCUGGGCUAUAA